ACGGACGUUAUAUGGCAGUGCUCAUUCCAGUUAGAGUAUAGUUCAAUGGGCACAUUCUACUGCAAUUGGGAAGUCACUGAAUCGAAGAUUGACAAAUGCGGCAACGAUGCGCCGCCUUAUGCGUUAACCAAUCCGUACGUUGAUGGUUGAUCCUUGAAUGUAAUUUCGUACGUCGAAUAGUACGCCGCGUCGCGCCGUCGUGUUUCACCCACGCACGCAGGGAAUAAUCGGAAGUCUCCAAUUCAUGUAAGCGCGAAUUGCCGAAACGCGAUAUACCUACAUAUGAUAAGUGAAAGCAGUACAAUAUAUAAUUGUUAUCGCUGUCGCACGGCGAUCAACCGCACAACCGGAUCAACUGAUCAACUACAGAGAGGGUGUCGUUUCGCAGAUAGAUAAGUAUCACCAGCGCAAACAACUUCCAAAAUGAAUGGAAUUAUUCCUGAAAUGGAACAGAUUAUUAGUCAACUUGAGAGAGGUACCGUAGUGACAAAAUUUUUUCCAAGAAAACGACCAGAAAAGAAAACUCUUAUGAUAAGAAGGGAAACUAGGCAGAUCGUUUGGUCAAGGAGUGCGACUUCUAGACCUUUCGAUGGUUCAGUGGAAAUAAGAGAGGUGAAAGAAGUAAGGAUAGGAAAACAAUCUAAAGACUUUGAAAAAUGGCCUGAAGAUGCUAAAAGAAUUGAAAAUUUAAGAUGUUUUGUGAUAUACUAUGGAUCAGAAUUUAGACUGAAAACUCUUUCCAUAUCUGCUCUUAGUGAAAAAGAAUGUGAACUGUGGGUCAAAGGGUUGCGUCACUUGGUACAAGAUACUAUUAAUGCACCAUAUCCAUUACAAGUUGAAAGAUGGCUAAGAAAAGAAUUUUAUGCGAUGGAAAAUUCUCGUGAAACGGUCACGUUGAAAGAUGUGAAAGCAUUUUUGCCUCGGGUUAACUGCAAAAUUGCUACAAAUAGACUUAGAGAAUUGUUCCAGGAAGUAGACACGAGAAAUCGAAAUGAACUUGGUUUUGAUGAUUUUGUCAUUUUAUAUCAUAAACUGAUGUUUGAUCAAAAUAAUCUUGCAGAUUGGCAUAAAUUGUUAAAUUAUUCUAAAAAUGGACAGACUGUUACGCUUCAAGAAUUCCAGAAUUUUUUAAUAACUGAGCAGCAAGACAGUUUGGGGAAUAAUGAAUUAGAAGUAUCACGUUUCAUUAGAGAUUAUUUACAAGAUUCUCAAAGGGACAUACAAGAACCAUAUUUGACUUUCUCAGAAUUUAUAGACUUUUUAUUUUCUAAACACAACGACAUAUGGAAUCAAAAAUUUAAUCAAGUUUCUCAAGAUAUGAAUCGGCCCCUUGCAUACUAUUGGAUAUCGUCAUCGCAUAACACGUACUUGAUGGGGGAUCAGAUUAGCAGUGAAAGCAGCUGUCAGGCGUAUGUGCGUGCACUAAGAGCAGGAUGCAGAUGUAUAGAGCUCGAUUGUUGGGAUGGUCCAGAUGGAAUGCCAUUUAUAUUUCAUGGACACACACUUACCACUAAAAUUAAAUUUUUGGACGUUAUCAAGACUAUCAAGGAGCAUGCUUUUGCUACAUCUGAAUAUCCUGUUAUUUUAUCUAUCGAAGAUAAUUGUACUUUACCUCAACAACGUAAAAUGGCAAUGACUAUGCAAGAGGUAUUUGGUGACAUGUUGUUAGUCCAACCUGUUGACAAGAAUGAAACUUGCCUACCUUCGCCGUACGCAUUACGUAGAAAAAUUUUGUUAAAACACAAGAAACUUCCAGAGGGUGUUGACGAAGCCUCAUUUCUUGUUCGUAAUGACGAAAGCAGACAAGAGAUGGACCUUAGAAAUACUGUGAAAAAUGGGAUUCUUUAUCUCGAAGAUCCUAUUGAUAGAGAAUGGAAUCCUCACUUUUUUGUAUUGACACAACAAAAGUUAUUUUAUACAGACACAUUUUCAAGAGCACAGGAAACCGAACAUGAUGAAGAUGAAGAAAGCGGCGUUCGGAGAUCAAUGGAUGGCGCGCCAAACGACGAGUUACACUUUGGAGAGAAAUGGUUUCAUGGAAAAUUAGCAAGGGGACGAGUGGAGGCUGAAGAAUUAUUACGACACUAUUCCUAUCUUGGAGAUGGUACUUUUCUAGUACGACAAUGUGUUACAUUUGUAGGUGAUUAUUGUUUAUCGUUUUGGCGUAAAGGAAAGGUGAACCAUUGUCGUAUUAAACUGAAACAAGAAAUGGGUCAAACACAGUAUUAUCUCAUUGAUACCAAUUGUUUUGACAGCCUGUACAGUUUAAUUACUCAUUAUCGUAAUCAUCCACUUAGAAGCCAAGAAUUUUUAAUCACAUUACAAGAACCAGUGCCUCAACCAAACAAACAUGAAGAAAAAGAAUGGUGGCAUCCCGAAUGUACUCGAAUCGCGGCAGAAGAGAUGUUAAAGCGUAUACCUACAAAUGGUGCAUUUUUAGUAAGACCUAGUGAAAGAGAAAGUAAUUGCUAUGCGAUUUCAUUUAGAGCAGAAAAGAAGAUAAAGCACUGUAAAAUAAAACUUGAAGGAAGGCUGUAUACUACUGGAACUGUAGAAUUUGAGAGUUUAGUUGAAUUAGUCAAUUAUUACGAACGACAUCCGUUAUUCAAAAAUAUCAAAUUAAGUCACCCUGUUAAUCAAGAUAUUAUCAGAAGAAUGGGGUUGGAUAAUGAUGAUGGAUCUGUUUAUGGCAUCCCUGGUUAUAUGGAUCCUACAAGUUUUACAUCAAAAGUUACCGUUAAAGCUAUUUAUGAUUAUAAAGCUAGAAGAGACGACGAAUUGACAUUAGUCAAGCAUGCUAUAAUUACUAACGUUAAUCCCCAAAGUGGAGGAUGGUGGAGAGGGGAUUAUGGUGGUAAAAAACAACAUUGGUUUCCUGCUAAUUACGUGGAACAAAUUGAUCAACAAGAAACUCAAGGAGAUUCAGCGGAUUCUAUGAUGCUUGGUAGUUUGCAAAAAGGUUCAUUGGAUAUAAUGGGUGCUGUAGUAGAAUUAACAGUUGGGGAAAGACCAGGUUUGGAAUGGAUUUUAAGAAUACAAAAUCCUAGUAUGUGUUCAGUAUUUGAAAUUGCAACACCUUCGAAAGAUACUGCAUUAGAAUGGAUGUCAAGUAUUAAAGAGACUGCACAAAAUGCAAGUGUUAGGGAAAGUCAACACAAGGAAAUGGAAAGGGCAUGGAGAAUAGCCAAGGAAAUGUCUAAUCUUAUAGUAUAUUGUAGAUCAGUUGCAUUUAACAUAGAACGAAUAAAAGCUAAGGGGUUUACGUUCAAUGAAAUGAGUAGUUUUCCUGAAACAAAGGCUGAAAAAUUAAUGUGUCAACAAGAAAAUAAAUUUUUUAUAAAAUAUCAUCAGAUUCAAUUUAGUAGAGUUUAUCCAAAAGGGCAACGCAUUGAUUCAUCUAAUUAUAAUCCUGUACCAAUGUGGAAUUCUGGUUGUCAAAUGGUAGCUUUGAACUAUCAGACUGGAGACAAAUCAAUGCAAUUAAAUCAGGCUAAAUUUAAGGAGAAUGGCAAUUGUGGCUAUUUAUUGAAACCAGAAUUCAUGUUCAGACAUGACUUUAAUCCAUAUGACAAAAAUACAUUGUAUGGAGUUGAAUCGCUCAAGAUUAGCUUAAAAAUUAUUGGAGCGAGGCAUUUAUUGAGAUCAGGAAGAGGCACUGUUAGUCCAUCUGUCGAAAUCGAAAUUAUAGGCGCAGAUUUUGAUUCUGGAACAAAAUUAACAACAAGGACGAUACAGGAUAAUGGAUUUAAUCCAAUGUGGAAUGAAACCUGUGAAUUUGAGACAUUCAAUCCAUAUUUUGCUCUUAUACGAUUUUUGGUACAAGACGAAGAUAUGUUUGGCGAUAGCAAUUUCAUAGGACAAGCUACUUAUCCAGUACGCUGUUUAAGAACAGGAUAUAGGAGUGUUCCAUUAAAAAACAUGUAUAGCGAAGAUCUUGAGCUUGCUUCCUUAUUAGUACACAUUAAUGUUACAACUUUAUCGGUACAUAAUGCAUAAAAUAAAUCAACAAAGAUUAAAUCUGUGUUAUAGAAUAUUAAAAUUGUAAACUAGUAAAAUUAGCGUAUGAGAUGGAGAAUUAUAUACAAGUUAUUAGUUAAAUGGAACGUGUAUUGCAAUAGUGCAUAAUUUCAUAAAAGUAACAUAGAUCAGAUUACAUAUUGUUAGAAAAGUAUAUAUUUAUGUUAAUUUUUGACAAAUUAUAUAUUACACACACACACACACACACACACAUUGCAACAAUUUGUAUUAUAUAUAGCUGCAACAAUUUAUUGGAAGUAUUUCUAUAAUUGCAAUAUAAAAGAAAGAUAAAUAAUUUAAAUAAAUAUUCUCUGACUGAAAAAGGGAAGAAUUAAAAUUUAGAAUAAUUAAUUAAAAAAUGGUUAAUACAGUUUUUUAAAUUUAAAAAAUAGUUUGUAUGCAUUGAAGUAAAUAUCUAUAAAUAAAACAAGAGAAAUUUAAUAAAUAGCACAAAAGUAUACUAUGGCCGAGCAUCUUAAGACGUUACUUAAGAUGAUCUUAAAUAUAAGAAUCGACUAUGAAUACCGGCCUUAUAAUUGGCAUGUGCGUUACACAGAUGUAAUUGCAUUUAACAAAAACUAUAGAAAAGAUGUACAGGGUGUUCAUUAAUGGUUGAACCCACUUUUUACCAUAGGAGCAUGAUUUACCGACAGAUAUGUAUUUCUAACAUAUUAUUAUAUUAGAAAUAACAAAUACGUGUUCCUAUAACGUGGGGACAAUCAUUAAUGAACACCCUGUAUAGCAUAUAAGCCUUCUUUGAAACGCAUUUAAGACAAACUUACCGCGUUAUAUACAUAUAUAAUACAGGUUAUAGUAUGCCUGCUUCUGUGUUGAUAAAAUAAAUGUAGCAGGCAAUAAUAGUUAACAAAGUAACGUUAUAUGUUGCUUACAAUCAACAGCUAUGCGUACGUGCGCGCACGCGAGCGUGUACAUGCAUGUAUCACAUCUAAAAUUGAAGCAUAAAUUUAUGUACACAAAGAAAUUAUAUUUGUGUGCGCGCUUACACACACACACACACACACACACUCUAUCUCUAUCUCAAUGGAAAAUUAAUAAUUGUAUUCUUUUAUCCUCUCUAGUCAAAAAUUCAGACGUCAUUAAUUGAAAGAUUUUAUUAAAUGUAUGUUCAAUCGCGGUAUUCUAUCUGUAUUGUAGAAACAAUGAGUAAUGCUCAAUUAAAUCAGAUAUCAAUAUUUGUUCCAAUUACGUAGUUAGCGACUAUUUAAAGUAUUAUUCUAUCGUGGACAUCUUCGAUAGGGAAAGUCUUCCUCGAUAAUUAUACACAUGUGCGCGUUAGCUUUAUAUAGCUAUUUACAAUCAAUCCAUCAGUCUUCCCAAUUGUAGCACGUUCUAUAGAGAUGCCGUUAUAUUAAUUUUUUUAUAUACUUGGAUCGUGUCAUACAUUAAAAUGUCACCUAAUUUUGAACAUUGUAUUUUUUAAAUAUGUAUAAUUAUAAAUCAGAAUUGUGAAAAGUGUACGUCCGCUGUGCCUGUACUUUGUAUCAAGAGCGAUACGCAACGAGACAUGCCUGUGAAAAAAAAAACAGAUCCAUAGAAAAUUCGACAUAAUAUAUUUUGCUUUGUUACAAGUGCGAUUAAACAUAUCGAAUUAAAAAGGUUUUACAAAAUAGGCCUACGGAUAUUGUAAUCGAUAAAGAGAAUUGAAAAGAAGUAUGUAUAUGUAGAUGUGUUGGAUGUUGAAUGUAUUACGUACAUACAUUACAUGUCACAGAAUAUAAUAAAUUUCUAUAUGCA